AUGCUGCCUCAAGUACCAGUGGAUGACAGUUACCAGAGCAAUUCACUUGCCAUGCCAGAUAGAAUUGUUUCUAUUCCAUCUCCAAAUCAGAAAACAAGUCUAUGUCAACGAAUGAUUGAUUCAUUUAAACCGACACUACCCACUACAUCUGUUUCAAUCGAAAUGAAUGAAUUGAAACAAAUAGAGAGUAAUGAUGAUGACGUGAGAAAAGGAGAAACUGGCCUACAUCAAACAUUAACAAAUCGACAUUUACAAAUGAUUGCGAUAGGCGGUUCAAUUGGCACUGGACUCUUUGUUGGGUCGGGAUCUUCUCUUGCUACUGGUGGUCCUGCUGCACUGAUUAUCGAUUAUGUUNCCCUAAGAGCAUUUUUAAAAUUUGUCCCUACGAGCAUUUUUAAAAUUUGUCCCUACAUAUGUAGGGACAAAUUUUAG